AUGGAGCGCGAGCUGGAGGCGCUGGCGGCGCGGCCCGCGCUCCCGGCGGCGCGGCCGGAGCCUCCGUUCGCCGCGCUGGUGGAGGCGGCGGGCGGGCGCGGGCAGGUGCUGCUGGUGGGCGAGCUGUGGGAGCGCGAGCAGAGCCGCGCGCUGCUGCGGGACUUCGCCCGCGCCGUGUUCCCGCCGGAGCCGGCCGCGGCCAAGCCGGGCGACGCGGCGGCCGAGGGCCCCAGGCCCGGGGCGCGGGGGGCGCGGUGGGUGCCCGACACGGCCGCGGCGCGCGCCAUCCGCUCCACGCUGGUCUUCGUGCUGUGCCGCGCGUCCUCGCUGGCCGCCCGGGAGCCGCGGCGCCGCCUGCGGGAGAUGCUGCGCGACGUGCGCGACCGGCGGGUGGCCGGCGCGGCGCUGGUCGGGGUGCUGGUGGCCGAGGCGGGGCCGGAGGACGCGGCGGCGCCGAUGCUGCGGCUCCUGGAGGCGCUGCUGCGCACCGUGUUCGGCCGCCAGGCGGGAGGCCCGGUGCAGGCGGCCACCUACUGCCCCGGCCACCCCGCCGCCAGCCUGGCCGUCCAGGCCGCCGCCAGCAGGGCCCUGCAAGCAGCCGGGCCCGCGCGACCAGCAGAAGGAGCCUGGGAGAGACCGGGCCUCCCGGCGCUGUUGGCGUGCUUCUCCUGGGGUCCCUGGAGCCGAGGGAAGGACCCAUAUGCCACCACCUCCCCCAGUGGUCCCGCUCAGGGUAACUUCCGGGAACGGGAAGAGGAGCUGGCGCUGACAGUCAUACUUCCCAACGGAGACUGUGAGGAUCCUGGAAAGGGGUCGGGAGCCUGUGACCCAGCUGCCCACACUCCGGAUGAGCCCGCUGGAGACUCCAGAUGA